UUUUGAAAAGCGGAAGUAACGUUCCAUUUCACUCCCACUUGACUCGGCGGGAUUUUAAUGUAAAUAAAACCGUGCCGAAUCUUAGGCAGAGGCUAUCUAAGUGGAACGGAACCUUCGCAGAUUUCUUUGGGCCGUAGUUUGCGAAGAUGACAGAACUGAGGCACCGUGGAACCACAGACACCGAGGCGACGUUACAAAACCAGCCGUCCGAGGACAAGGGUUCAGACAGUGAGCUGAGAUCAGAGAAAGAUGGCGUAACAGACAGCGACCCCAAACUGGACAAAGUGGACUCGGGUGUCCCUGAGGUGCCAGUGCCACCUGAUGACACACCAGAGGUGUUAAAUAAAGCCUUGUCCGGACUCUCCUCAAGAUGGAAGAACUGGUGGGUCCGAGGGAUCCUUACACUUGCCAUGAUUUCCUUCUUCUUCAUCAUCAUCUACCUAGGCCCCAUGGUGCUUAUGAUGAUUGUCCUGUGUGUUCAGAUCAAAUGCUUCCUCGAAAUCAUCACCAUUGGUUACAGCGUUUACCACUCGUAUCAUCUGCCGUGGUUCAGGACACUGAGUUGGUACUUCCUGCUCUGCGUUAAUUACUUCUUCUACGGUGAGACCGUCACAGAUUACUUCUUCACACUGGUGCAAAGGGAAGAGCCACUUCGCAUCCUCAGCAAAUACCACCGCUUUAUCUCCUUUGCCCUCUACCUCACGGGUUUCUGCAUGUUUGUACUGAGUUUGGUGAAGAAGCACUACCGCCUUCAGUUCUACAUGUUUGGGUGGACUCACGUGACUCUGCUGAUUGUGGUGACACAGUCUCACCUCAUCAUUCACAACCUGUUUGAAGGGAUGAUCUGGUUUAUUGUACCAAUUUCCUGUGUGAUCUGUAAUGAUAUUAUGGCCUACAUGUUUGGUUUCUUCUUCGGACGUACCCCUCUCAUUAAGCUGUCGCCAAAGAAGACGUGGGAGGGAUUCAUUGGUGGAUUCUUCGCUACCAUUUUGUUUGGCAUCAUGCUCUCCUACGUGAUGGCAGGCUACCGCUACUUCGUAUGUCCAGUCGAGUUCAACAACGAUUCUAACAGUUUCCAGGUGGACUGUGAGCCGCCUGAACUUUUCCAGCUUCAGGACUACACCCUUCCCAGCAUCCUAGAGUCUGUCACUGGAUGGACCACAGUUCGUCUCUAUCCAUUCCAGAUCCACAGCAUCGCUCUGUCCACAUUUGCCUCAAUCGUUGGACCCUUUGGUGGCUUUUUUGCCAGUGGCUUUAAGAGGGCCUUUAAGAUAAAGGACUUUGCCAACACUAUUCCAGGACACGGUGGCAUAAUGGACCGAUUCGACUGCCAGUACCUCAUGGCCACAUUUGUAAAUGUCUACAUUGCUAGUUUCAUCAGGGGCCCAAACCCAAGCAAAGUGAUCCAGCAGCUCCUGGCCCUUCGGGCCGACCAGCAGCUCUUCAUCUUCAAUUCUCUGAAGGCUCACCUAACAGAGAGGGGCUUGCUGCCUGCAUUGGAGGAGGCGGCCGCCUAGAGCGGUCCACGGCCAGAGUCGGCGCGUUGUGAAAGGAGGCGUCUGGAGACUCUGUGCGUUCCUGCUGUGAGAGACUUGCCGCGCUUUUCUGUCAGCAUAAAAAGGAAAAUCAACACAAGGUCACCCUCGGGUCAUUCCAUUUAUUUAGGUAUGAGUUAUGUGUUGUUCCACGCUACAUGAUACAUAAUACAUAUGUUACACAAAUAUUUCUAGGUUCAAUUACUGUACACCUUUCCAUCCAAGCCUUUCAGUCUAUUCCCACUGUGUUGAACAAUGUUGGUCUGUUCUACUUUUACACUUGUACACAACAUUCUCUAUUUACCUUAACUGUGUGUUGAUAUUUUAUUGUGCAUCUUUUUUUUUAAUGCACUGCUCUCAAAUGUGCCACUCACUGUAUUGUUACCCUCCCCAUUGAGUUGUUUUGUCGUGAUGGUGAAUAUUUAUACCUUUUUUCUGUUUUUAAAUAUACCAGCUAUUGUUUAACUACAAACCCCAAUUCCGAUGAAGUUGGGACGUUGUGCAAAAUGUAAAUACAAACAGAAUGCAAUGAUUUGCACGUCAUUUCAACCUAUAUUCAAUUGAAUACACUACAAUGUUGACCUGAUAAACUAUUAAAAAAAGAAUUACUAAUUUGAUGCCUGAAAUGUUCCAAACAAAGCUGUGACCACUGUGUUACAUCACCAUUACUUCUAACAACACUCGACGAGCAUUUGGGAACUGAGAACAGUAAUUGUUUGAAACUUUGGAGGUGGAAUUCUUUCCCAUUCUUGCCUGAUGUCUUGCCUGAGCAUUCUUCAGUUGCUCAAGAGUCUAAUGUCUCUGUUUUAAUAUUUUGCGCUUCAUAAUUUAAUACAUGUCAUAUUUUCAAUGAGAGACAGGUCUAGACUGGUGGUAGCCAUUCUUGUACUUUUACGUACUCUCUUAUUUGAAGCCAUGCAGAAUAUCGCUUGGUGGUUUCUUGCUGAAAUAAGCAGGAACGUCCCUGAAAAAGACUUUGCUCGUUUGGCAGCCUAAAUUGCUUCCUUGCUUGAGCAACCAAGCCUUUUAUUCGCAGUCAUGAGCCUCUUUUCCAAUUAACCUGUUGACCUGUGGUAUAUUCCAAACAGGUUUUUAUUUUUUGGGGGGGAUACUUCCUUGACUUUCCCAGUCUUUUGAUGCCCCUAUCUCAUCUUUUUUGGAGGGGGGGGGGGGGGGGUUAGGCAUCAAAUUCAAUGUGAGAAAAUCUUUGCCAAAAAAAGAACAAUGUUCAUCAGUUUGAACAUUAAAUAUCCUGUCUUUAUAGUGAUUUCAAUAGAAUUUAGGUUGAACAUGAUUUGCAAAUCAUUGUCCUCUGUUUUUAUUUGCGCUUGGCACAACGUCCUAACUUCAGUGAAACUAGAGUUCGUAUGUCUGGGAAUUUAUUUUAUUUAGACAGAUGAUGGCAACGGUCUGUCAGAUGUAAUGGGCUCUGCACUGCCAUUUAUCAUUUCAUGACCUUAACCACAUCAUUUGUUAUGUAUUGUAAAGUGGAAAAAAUGAACGUUAAGUCUGAAUAAUUUUACACGAUCAGGCUGUGCUAGCGAAAUCCAAUCGUUGAGUGUGUGGAGGACCUUUUUAGAUCAGUGCAGAGGGACCUCGCACUAGUUUUGUGACUGACAAAGUCUAUUAACCAGAUUAACCCAAAUAUAUUGUUUUUGUUACAAACUUAGGUUUUUUUGUGCUGAUGUUUGUACCUGUGAAGUCAGGUGUGUUCAAGAUUUGUACAUUUUGUUAUACUGUAUUGACUGCCAGGUGUGAUUCUGGUGAUUCCUCACAAUGCUGAAAGGGAACAUUUUGAAUUUCUUGCAUUACUGCCAUAGGCUGCUUCUACCUGUUCGAGCCCUUGCCGAGACCACAAGUCCACAGCAGAUAGUGAGAACUUGACAGUUGUGACGCUUUUCUGAAACGGUUAAUUGGUGCAUUACAUGGCAGUCAGGGUUCAUUACGAUUCAGUCAAUUCUGCCAAUGUUUUGUUGAAUGGUUAAAUGGAGUAUUACUUUUGCAGUUUUCAGUAUUCUCCCCCAGUUAUAGAUGUUGGGGUCCCGACUGCCACGCCGAUUAUUUUUUUGUAUUUUGUUAUUGGAGAAAAUGUCAAAUUAUUUUGAGACCGGCUAUCUUUCUGAGACCUGACCAAUGAUAAAGCAUUGUUUCGAAUAACUUCAAAAUCUGAUCGCUGUUAUUGGACAUGUUUACACUCAUCGUUCACAGCUGCAAAUCUAGUACCGUAUAUGGUGUUCAUGUCAUUCAAUUCUGCCAGCCAAAAAUCUAAUUUCUUAGAAAGUACUAUUAAUGCGUUUAUGCAAGUUUGUUAUUGAUAUUUACAAAAGUGCAGCAUAUCUGGUGUGGAUUAAGGCCCACACCUAGAGUUGAAAUGUUUGCAUUGGUAAUAUGGAUUUAGUGGUAAAAUGUGUUUUGGCUAAAAUGACAACCGUCCAGUUCAUAGAUGAAUUGGUGGCGGUGCAGCAAUUGACAGGCAAUGUUCACCAUGGUCAUAUCCACUGUAGAUGAACCUUUUUAUCUCUUAUUCACGUCACACCGACUCCGUUAUGUUUGUACACAUCCAAUUGGUCUCGACAUGCUGUUAUAAGAACCAUUUACGUAGGUAGACUUAUGAUGUAUCUACAAUGGUGUGGUCAGUUCAAACCAGAUAGAAAUGUAGCGGGGACAUCCAGGUCACAUUGUGGUCCCCUUGUUCUCUUUAUGUUGGUUAAUGACCAGCUCAUAAAAGUGCAGUCAAACUUUUUAGAACAUGACCCAGAAAAAAAAAUCACUCACAUCCUGAAUGUGAUGUCCGCCAAACGUUUUCUUUUCCUUCUUUUGAUACACUGAAACAGGGCAGGAUAUUUAUUCUUGGUUCUUCAAAUGUAAGCCAAUCACGGUGCAUGCCUUUCAUAUUUUCCAUUGGACAAUCGCAUCGCCGUAAGUUUUUCCUUAAAGUAUUUUUUCGGUCGAAUCAUUUGACCUCAGUUAUCUUAUAUGUUUAAGAUUUUAGAGCAAUUUUUGGUGUGCUUUAAUAUUUUAUAUAGUUUAAGAGAAUAUUUAAAGCUACGCUGUCAUUUAGAAAAUGAUGUUGCAAAAGCAGAGAAGUGCUGGCUUUCUUGCAAUGAGCUGUUUGUUGACUUGGCUCUUUUGUGCUCUUGUUGUUGCAAUGCGGUUAGAAACUACACAGAUACCGCUAUUUUUAUUCUUAGUUCAGACAGCAUAUCUGUCACUGAUGGUUUUCCCCCCCAAGCCCGUCUUUGUUAGAGGUGGCCACAAGAGGGAAGAAGAGCACCCAUUUGCUCAUCGAAACAUUUGACUCAACAAUGACGAUACAAAAAGAUAUACAGCUACUGUAAUUUCCCACUCUUAGUUUACAGAAGCAGGCUAAAGACUAAAUACCAGUUUAACUUGAUUGAAAAAGAAAAAAAAAUAUUCGUGUGGCAACAAGAAGGCCAUUGUGGACCGUAUUACACUUUUGCAGGACCUUUUAACGAAUGUAUUGAAGUGGUGCAACCUUUCUUAACCACAUAUUGUUUGCCCGCCUCCAAGAAUUUUUUAUUUUGUGGUUUCCCUAUAAAUCAGUAUAAGUUAUUUUAUUCUUAGGCAGUGGAGUGCUUUGUGAUAUAUAUUUGUCUAUAGAAAGAAAUGUACUCUUGAAGCUAAAAUGUACUUUGCCUUGUUGGAAAAUUAAAAGUUAUUGCUCAUG